CGAAUAUGUUUUUCGCAGCGCGCGCGUUCGCAUCGGAAAAUCAGAAAAGCUGGCAAGCGUUUAAAAACAAAUUCGGCAGGUUCAAUUGUUACUUGUUUUCCCCCCAGUGACUAUUUCGUCGCAGGUUUUUUGCCAGCGGAAACCAUCCGUAAUAACCGUUUAUCGUUAUUUUGUUAUAUUCGCGUAAUUCGUUGUUUGUUCAACCACAGAAUACUUGUUACGCAUUUCGAAAAUGGGAAUGCAAAAAUUUCCAAGCAGUGAAAAUCAAAACGAAUAAAAUAUGUUGGCUGCUUUUUGUGUUUUGCGGGUAUGUGUGUGUUUUUGUGUAAGUGAGUGCAGCAAGAAAUAAAACCAAAAAGCAACAAACAAAUAAAUAAAUAGAAAACAAAAGCAAAUCCAAAGGCAAAUACUUGCAAAGCAUUGCCAAUCUGAAAGGUGUAAAUAAUUGAGGCCUAAAACUUUGACCCUGUGUUUAUCCAAGUUCAACUUGUGGUCGUUCGAUUCACUUUAAGCAGCAUGACACUUUUGCCGACAACGUUUAAAGGCGAUCCCCACAACUUGCGACUUUUGUCAAAACAGAAUCUCAGUUUGUCAUCUCUCAUUAAUACGAUGAAGAUCAGCUAUUACUAAUCAACGAUUGAUAAGAGAGUUUCGCCUGGAACAAAAAUGGCAGCUGCUGUCUUGGAAAUUAACGGAAACCAAUUGGAGCUGGACUGCGAUGAAUGCGAUUAUUACGGUUCCACAGACACCAUAUUUAUCGAUAAUAGUACGCAAACUGAUGGCUUUGAUCAUGAUGAGUCAGAGCUAAAACCUUUGAAGCCCAGAUUGACUCAGAUUGUUGAAGAGGACGCGGAAAUGGAAGUGGUAGUCAAAGAGGAAGUGGACACGCAAGUGGAAACCAACGGUAUGCAAAGCGAUAGCAAUGGCAUCAGGGAUGUGAAAAUCACGAUAAACGGUGCUGAAUCGAACGAAGAGGAAGAAUUAACCGUGGAGGAGCCUCCAGUUAAAGAGAAUGUACCACCUGUUGUCCAGGAGCUAGUUGAGUCCGACGAUGAGGAUGAAAUCGACGACGUGACUCGGCUUGCGGGCUUGACGUUGGGCAUGGGCUAUGCCCGCAUCAUAGACUACGAUAACUUGCGCAUCAUCGAGCAUGUUAUCGAAAGCGACGAUGAGGACGAUAACAAUGUGGCUGCAGCAGGUACAGCAGCAACAUCAGCGGAAUUGCAGCAGGCCUGCCAUGAUUUGGUGUCUUUCAUCGGUGAAAGCUAUCAGGUAAUCGAGAGGUCAGGUCAUGGUCGUGAACCACCGGCCACCUUGUCGGUGGUGGACAACAACAAUAACAAUCGAAGCAGCGAAGUAUCCGCUAACGGUCGUGCCCCCAUCGUAGAUCAAUACAAAUCUACCCGGAAAGUGCAGAACGGACUGCAAGCAAAUCAAAACGUAUCCACCAGUGCAUCUGCAACCAGCAGCAGCAGCAGCAGCAAUGUCAAAAGCAACAGCACCAGCAGCGGCAACAGCACUUCUGCAACAACCACCAGCAGUGCGUUGAUAAAGGCUUAUAAAUCGAAUCUUACCCCAUUGGCGCCGCCCUUUCAGCCCGCCGCCUUGAAGGCCAAGCAGCUGCAACAAUCGUCGCUGGCCAGCGGCAACAUGUCUUCGGUUACGACGACAACAACCACAGCUUUGGGUUAUACCGCCUAUGAGCAGACAACGGUUUACUAUCAGCAGCAAGUUCAACAGCACCAGAAACACCCACAACAGCAGCAACAGUUGUCACCCAAGCAGCAGCAGCAGGAGCAGCAGCAGCCGCAGCAGCAGCCGCAUCAGCAGCAGCAACAGCAACAGCAGCCCCUCUGCGCUCAGCAUGGAGGGUUGCCGCAUAUUCAUGGCGCCCAACUGCUGCCCGUGCAGCUGAUAGCCCUGCAACCGAAUGGCGUAACGGCAGCAACAACAGCAGCAGUAGGAGCAGUGGCAGCAGCAGGAGCAGCUGUGGCAGCGGCCGGAACUCCGGCAGCCACAGCAGCGGGUGGUGCCGCAGCAACGUCUUUGACUGGCGCCGCUUGGCCACUUGUGGAGGCGCCAAUUUACAUCGACAUCAAUGGCGAAUAUCGCAGCUAUUGCCCGGCACAUGGACCGCCGGCAGUGACAGCCCCAAAUGGCGCCAUCGCCCAUCAUCCCCACAUUCAUGCCCUUCCCCACGCCCAUUCGCAUGCCCAUCCUGCCCAUUCGCAUCACGCACAGCAGCAACAGCAGCAGCAGCAGCAGCAGCUUCAUCAUCACCAUCAGCAACAUGGGCAGCAUCAGCAACAUUUGACGCCAUCGCCAGUGACAAAUGUUAAUGGAAACAUAGCACAGGCAGCAGCAGCAGCCGCAGCAGCUUCAGCGCCUAGAUUGCUGCUGCAACUGGACGCAGCAACUGUCCAGCAGCAACAACAGCAUCAGCAGCAACAGCAGCAACAAAUCGUGGCUUCUGGCAAGCGUAGCAAAGUUUACCGAGGUAAGCCACAAUCAAAGAUGAUUACGUAUACGCACUGUUUCGACCUGAAGUGUCCCGCCGUUCAGAUGGUGUCCCAGAACCGACCUCCACCGCCGAUGCCGGUGCCCGUCCAGGUGCCCCAGUACGUGAACGAGAACGGAACGCUGACCCACGUGAUGCUCUCGCCGCAGCAGUACCAGCAACUGCAUCCUGGCCAGGGACACCUCCACCCAGCGCCAUUCAUAAGCGCAAAUGGCACAUCGCACUUCUACACCCCGGUGGCGGGAUAUCCUGGCCCAGGACCUGCGGGCAAUGGUCCACCACACUAUCAUUUGCCGCCACCACCGCCGCCGCAGCAGCAGCAGCCACCACAACAACCACAGCAGCCGGCGCCCCAAGGAGCACCACCGCAACAGCAACAACAACAACAGCCGCAGCAGCAGCAGGUGGCACCACCUUCGGUCCAAGGAGCACCAAACGCUGGAAGUGUGGGAGCAGCCCAAGGAGCACCAGCCACUGGGACAGCCACCCAUUCGCACACCCAUUCGCACUCCCACUCACACGCCCACUCGCACACACACUCCCAGCCACACGCACAUUCCCCGCACUCGCCAUCGCCGCCCAAUUAUCGGGAUGAACGCAGCCAGCGGCAGCACAACAAGCUGCUCCGGAAGCUGGAGAAGCAGCGGGAGUCAAAUCCCCCGCAUUCGCCAUCUCCACGCCGUGCCAACGAACUGAAUGGUCACAAUAAUAACAACAUUCCUCCGGGUGUGUCCUUGCCCGGACACCUCAGUAGCCACCAUCAUGCAGUGAACCAUCAAGGACGCCGCCUACCGCAGCAGCACCAGGGGCAGACCCAUCAGGUGGCGCAGCAGCAACAGUCGCAGGCCAGAAACGGGAAUUCCCAGCAUCCCCAGAGGGCCGGCAGCAGUGUGGGAGGUGCCAGCUCCGUAGGAACCUCCGAGGACGGCGAGGAUAACUCCAGUCUGGCCGGCGAUGAUGAGGAGGAGUACCAUCGAGAGAACAGCAUCAUUGAGCAAAUCUCUGCUAUUGAAAAGCCCGAGGUAAUAGAUGUGACUUCGCGGGCAGCCAAAAUAAUUUGGGAGAGUCCAGCCAUCGCAAAUACCGUGACGGUGGAUAUGCGGCAGCUCCGGUACCAAGUGCUCCUUUGUGAUUCUGGAAAGCAGUGCAAGUACAAGAGCUUGUACCAAGGGGAGGCAUACGAGUGCAUUGUGCAGGACCUGCAGCCGGGUCAGGAUUACCUGGUGCGCUUGCAGGUGCACUACCAAAAACUUACGGGAACAGUAAGUGAUCCUACGGAAUUUCGGACGCCUCCCUGUGAGCCAGAUCAGCCGCCGCCUCCAAAACUGGUUUCCCGCACCAAGAACUCCAUAAACCUUCGAUGGGCUGCUCCAGCAGCAAACGGUGCCAGCAUUCAGCACUAUCUGCUGGAAUACGAUGAGGGCAGGAUGCCAGGACAACCGCAAAAGUUCGUGGAGUUGGCCAAGAUCAAGGCCAAGCACUAUGUCAUUGGAAAACUGCAGCCAACUACGGUCUACAGUUUCCGCUUGGCGGCGGUUAAUGAAGCGGGUCAGAGUCCCUAUUCUCCGGUGGCCAGCUACAGCACCUCCGGAAAUCCUCCGCCAGUGCCUAAACCACCUCAGCUGCUGGCCAGCAGUUCCAGUUCCCUAAAACUUGGCUGGGAGCGGCGGGCCCAAGAUGGAGACUUCCUGCUGCAACUGCAAGAUGCAGAAUCGGGCCACGGUUUCCUGAAUACCUACAAGGGUACAGAGCUGCAAACGGAGUGCCUGCAAUUAAGGCGUGCUAGCAGCUAUCAAUUCCGUCUGAGAUCCGAAAACGAAGCGGGUUUCUCACCCUGGUCACCGGAGGUUAGCUACCGCACCUUAGCGGAACGUCCCGGAAGACCGGGAAAGCCACAUGCCAAGGGAAAGAUUCAUGGCACCCAGUUCAAGGCCCGCUGGGAUGCACCCAGCGAUUCCGGUGGUGCUGAGAUCCUUCGCUACCACUUGGAGCUAAGUGCCGCGGGUCCAGCAUUUGAAAGGAUCUACAGUGGCGCCGAAACAGAAGCCAUGUGCGAAAGACUUCAACCGGGUACCACAUACGCUCUGCGAGCCUGUUGCGAAGGUCCAGCUGGUCAGAGUCCCUACUCCGAUAUAGGACACGUUACCACGGAGGCUGUGGCGCCAUCUGCUCCGCCUCCACCGCAUUGCAGUGAUCCUCCCUCGCCGUACGCCGCCCUUCUGAAGCUCCAGCAUCCGGAGUAUAACGGUGGAGCUCCGAUCUUAGAGUUCGAAGCCCAGAUGCGUCGCCUGGAGCAAGUGCAACCUCCGCACUUGGUCUACCGUGGCAAGCAGGCCUACUUUGUGGCGCAGGAUCUGACACCUGGUGGCAUGUAUGAAACCCAGGUGAGGGCUAUCAACCGGAUUGGCGCCGGUAAUUGGUCCCAGUGGAUGAGAUUUACAGCUGCAGCUGCUGCUCCUGGUGUUCCCGAAGAGUUACGGGUGCUGGUGAAGUCGGCCACCCACCUGGGUGUCAGUUGGCAACCGCCGUUGCAGGAGAAUGGUGCCCCAGUGACCAGUUACACUCUAAAAAGUGCCAGCCAAGAAAGAAGGGAAGGGGACUCGGAGGAGGAGGCCAAAGAGCCGCCUAGCUCCGAAUUCCACAACUGCUAUCAGGGACCACAAACCUGCGCCGAACUGAGAAACCUUUCGCCCUACACACGCUACCAUUUCCGCAUCCAGGCGAGCAACUCAGCCGGAACGGGAAACUCCUCCGACGUGAUAAGUGUGUGUACGCCAGCCGCAGUUCCAGGAGCUCCUCAAAUGCAGGGCUACGAGUUCACCGCCCAGGAGGUCACACUCAACUGGACGCAGCCAGCGGCCCACGGCUCGCCCAUAUGCUCCUACAACAUCGAGUACGGGGAACGAACCAUUGCCACUCCGGAUGCCUGUACACGCUAUACUGUUAGCGGCUUAAUGCCGGAAACCGGCUACAAGUUCCGUGUUCAAGCGGUCAACGCCAUUGGUGCCGGAGCUUUUAGUGCCUAUGCUAAGCUGACCACCCAACCAGCUCCUCCGGCACCACCUCGCUUAGAGUGCAGCGGUGCUGGCCACAAUUACAUAAAGCUGAAGUGGGGCGAGAACGGAAACGGCAAAGUGGUGAACUCCAAUCCAUCUGGAAAUGGUGGCGACUUUACCAAGUACUUUGUGGAGAUGUAUGUGGCCAGGGCUAAGCAGUUCCAGGCUGUCUACUCUGGCACCAAUUGCAUGUGCAAGGUGCACAAACUGCAAGAGCGAAGCAGCUACACCUUCCGGAUCUAUGCCCACACCGAUCGGGCUGGCGAUGGGGAUUACUCGGAAGAAUUCGUCUUUGAGACUUCGGCCACACUGCCGGCGAACAUAAAGCCUCCCCGUGUUGUCCAAGAGGGUAGCGUUUGCCUAAUGGAGCUACCUGGCGAACUGGGAAUGCAACUCACCCUGGAGUGGCAGCACUCAAAGAACUCCUUCAACGAUCGCGUAGAGUACGAAUUGCAGUAUGCAGUUUUGGGCGCAGCUGACUUGGAGGGUGAAUCCCUGUCGCCCAAAGGACGCAGCAGCAGUUCCAGUGGCAGUUCAAAUGGAGCUCCAAUUAAUUUGCCCAACCAUGACUACAGGCAAUUGUAUCGCGGCCCAGAGACCAAAUUCACCAUCGACAAUCUAGCAGCUGGUACAUGUUACCAGUUCCGAGUAUGUCCAGUGCGGAUAGCGGCGGGCGGAGAACUCCUUUACGGUCAGCCGUCGAGUCCGUUGCGCUACCAGGUGCCCAGUGAACUUGAUCCUAGCUCGGCGACCUGUCAUCACCACCUGCACGGCUCCACAGCUAUACCGGCGAUCGCCUCCAACCAGAGAAGCAGCCGGAAACUGUCCGCCGGCAAUGGCUCAACCAACGGUCUGCACAUGCGUUCGGUGAGUGCGUCGGCAAUAAGUGGAGCGAGCGGCGUGGGAGCAGAUCCCGUAGCAAUUGGACGACUGCAGCAGGAGCUUUCUGGUUUCAAUGCCUGUGCAGAUCCCCUGCAUCACCAUCAUCAUCAUCACCACCAUCACCAUCAGCCGUGCGGUGGCGGCGUUGGAGCAGCCGGUGGAAUCUCCGGGGCAACUGACUCGCACCACCAGCAUCAGCAUCAUUUGCAUCACUCGCAUCAUAUGCACCACGCCCACCAUCCGCACACCGGAAUGGGCGGUAGCUCUUCGAAUUCCAGCUCCUCAACGGCAGCGGCCAUAUCCUCUAGUUUGGCCCAAACGGGAGGGUUAAGGCGGAUCGUUAGUAAAGUCACUUCACUUUACUCCAACAGGAGGCGUCUUAGCGAUCAACAAAAGGCCGUGUUCAUUGUGGUCUCCUUCCUAGUGGGCACUUUCCUGGUCGCCAUGCUGGUCAAUAUGUUGAGGGGCUAAAAGGAUACGAGAUUCAAAUAUGUGGCGCCCAACGUGGGAUACCAUAGCAUUUGCAGGCAAAACGACAGGAGAAAAGUAAAAAACAACAAAUAUGAAACACUUUGUCUCAAAGCAGUAAUUUAAACCAUUAGUUGUAAUUAUGUAUUUUUUAUAUAUUUACCGUAACUGAAUGAAACAAAAUCAAACUGUAUAUUGUCUUAUUUUAAACAAAACAAACAUAACAGGAAAUCAAAAAAAAAAAAGAGCCAAUUGAAAGAGGAUUAGAGGAGGAUAGAUGAGAAGGCAAAACCCCAUUAAUUGUAUUAAAUGUACACAAAACGGCAACAGCAUACAUUCACACAGCUAAAUGUUAAAAA